UUGAUCAAUUAAAAGUUCAAGAAUCUGCAAUUUCAAAAUAUACGUCAAGUAUUGAAGUUAUUAGUGAAGAAAUUAAUAUUAUAGAAGAUACAAAUAGCAAUGAAGAGAUAAAUCCUUUUAAAAAAUUUCAAAAAGGGUAUUGUGCUGCAAAAAAUCUUUCAGAAAAUAAGUUGGUUUCAUUUGUCUACCAACAUGCAAAUAGUCCUAUAACAGUUCGAAGUGGUAUGAAGAUACCUGUUCAAGUAGCAUCAGUACAAAGAAGAAAAAAGGUUGCAUCGCAUAGUACAAAAAGAAAAGCUUCAGGAAGAAAACCAUUAGAAAGUAAAGAAAAUGAGGAUCCGCAUGAAAUGCAAUCAAGAAAAAAAAGAAAAACAAUACGAAAACCACAUAAUUUAGUACAAAAUAUUGAUGAUAAAGCCAAUUAG